GAGAAACAAGAACAACAACAAAACAUUUGGCGCCACGUUUUAUGAAGGUAGCUAUUUAAAAUGCGUUGCUAAACUAAACGCCUUAGGAAGAAUUAUAUUCAUUGUAAGAAUGAUCAUGUUAGCUGUUUUGUAUAGCAGUAUUAUGUUAAUUGUAGGAAAUUAUGUUGUCAGCAGUAUUGUACAGUAUAUGGGUUCGCAUUAUGUCUUUUAUGAUUGUUUACUUGAAUCUGUCGAGAAGCCAGUGCUUCCUGUCUAUGGGUGUUUGGUUGUAAAAAGAAUAAAAGCGUCGAGUUGUGCUUGUAUUACUAAAAGGAACGUAUAAAUUAUUCUUCCUAAACAAGAGGCUUUUACCAUUACAUUUUUAUACUUUCGCUUGAUGUUUAAAGUAUUAUUUAUACAAGAGCAACAGUUAUUGUCCCUUUUAUACAUGUGGCAAUGCAUCUAUUGGCACUAGCACAAUAUGUUUUAUUAAAAAUACUUCUUUCCUAAUGGGAUUAUAAAUUAGAAUUAGAUAAAUAGAAAGUGGAAAGCAACAUGCAAAGUGUAUUGUGCACUGAAAUCUCAUAGCAAGUAAACGUAAUAGUCUUGUGUCUCAUUGUAAACACAAAUGUAUUUUGUUCAAUCCAACUUUAGUUCAGAAUAUCAACAAUACGUAGCUUUUUGUUUUUUCGCGCUUUUUACUCAUUUUGUGUACUUGUUUGUCGGGUUUUUGUGUAACAUUUCUUUGGUAUAGGGCGUUGCAAAAGAACCUUGUGUAACAUUUUACACCCUCCCCCCCCCACACCUUUAAAUUUCCCGCGAUCUUGAAAUGUGUAUAGUGCUCACGUGACGUCUUUUCGCAUUCUGAUUGGCUCAGCUGACGCAAGAAUUAAAAGGACAAGACAAAGCAGUAGGCUGGACUUCUCCUAUUGGCUGAUUUCGAGCGCCAAGAAAUGAAUAUAAGAGUCACCGGCACUCAUAUUUCGUAUUCUUCCCUCCAGCUGGACUGUAGUUCUUCAAGCUCGUAUACUUUAUUUAUUUUUAUCUUAUAACCUUUGAUUUUAAUUUCUCCUUGCAUCUUAAGUUAAGCUCUUUUUUUGUAUAUUUUAUCAAACACGCGAACAUUCACCAUGCUGUCUAACGUUACUCGCUCUCCACUUAAAACAAAGAAUGAAAACUCCGUUUCUUCAAAAAUGAGUAGCAUGUCCUUCGUGGACAAAGAAAACACGCCUCCCAGUCUGACCUCCACAAGAGUCCUGGCGUCCAAAGUCGCGCGCAAAAUCUUUGAUUCAGAGGAACAACCAAAAGCCAGCAAAACAAAUGUGGAAGAAGAGCCACUUCUCAAGGAGAAUGCCCAACGCUUUGUCAUUUUCCCAAUUCAGUACCAUGACAUCUGGCAGAUGUACAAAAAGGCAGAGGCCUCCUUCUGGACUGCUGAGGAGGUGGACCUGUCCAAAGAUAUCCAGCACUGGGAAACUCUGAAAGAUGAAGAGAAAUAUUUCAUCUCCCAUAUUUUGGCUUUCUUUGCUGCAAGUGAUGGCAUUGUCAAUGAAAACUUGGUGGAGCGCUUCUCUCAGGAAGUCCAGGUGACUGAAGCCCGUUGCUUCUAUGGUUUCCAGAUCGCCAUGGAAAACAUUCACUCUGAAAUGUACAGUCUGUUGAUUGAUACCUAUAUCAAAGUUCCCAAAGAAAGAGAGUUUCUUUUCAAUGCCAUUGAGACCAUGCCUUGUGUAAAAAAGAAGGCUGACUGGGCAAUCAACUGGAUUGGAAACAAAAAUGCACAAUAUGGAGAGCGAGUGGUGGCGUUUGCUGCUGUUGAGGGGAUCUUCUUUUCUGGCUCUUUUGCUUCUAUUUUUUGGUUAAAGAAGAGAGGACUCAUGCCUGGACUCACCUUCUCCAAUGAGCUUAUCAGCAGAGAUGAGGGGCUUCACUGUGACUUUGCCUGCCUCAUGUUCAAGCACUUGGUAAACAAACCCUCAGAAGCAACUGUAAGGAAUAUCAUCACAAACGCAGUUGAAAUUGAACAGGAGUUCCUGACUGUGGCUCUACCGGUGAAGUUGAUCGGAAUGAACUGUGACCUGAUGAAGCAAUACAUUGAAUUUGUUGCUGACAGACUAAUGCUGGAGCUGGGAUUCAGCAAGAUCUACAAGGUGGAGAACCCCUUUGACUUCAUGGAGAACAUUUCCUUGGAGGGCAAGACCAACUUCUUUGAGAAACGAGUGGGAGAGUACCAGAGGAUGGGAGUUAUGUCCGGCUCUACAGAUAACACUUUCAGACUAGAUGCUGAUUUUUAAAAACUAUCCAAAUGCUGGAAAUGGACACUUUAAAGACUAUUGACAUGUACAGGGACUCGGCCCUUACAUUUGUACAGCAUUCAUGUCACAUGAACCUAAUUGAUGUGUGAGAUGAGUUUUCUUUUUUUUAUGAUAUUAAAAUGCUAUUUAGUUUUUUGUACUUUUAAAUAAAGAUCCCAUAUGCUUGAAUCUCUUUUCUAAUUGGCUGUUUUAAGACUUUUUUUUUUAAACACAGCUCACUUAACAAUGGUACAUGUUUUACCUUAAACUUAACAAAUGGCAUUAUUUUAAAUGCGUGCCAAGUCUAUAAAUAGUAUUAGUUUUACCUCAAACAAUUGAACAUGUGUUGGUAUUGCGUUUGUGGUACUAGGAUUCGCACUUGGGGACCUCAGUAUUUACUAAUGCUUUCCCGGUUAUACAUUUCUUAAAGUUGUAUCAGAUAUUACAUUAUUAUUGCAAAAUGUGAAUACCAUAAUCUUAGAUCGGGAAUUGUGCUUUUAGUACAGUGAAUCAUUUUCUCAAUGCAAACCUGCAAUAAAAAUACAUGGAAACUUC